AUGCCACGAAAUACAGUACAACCCAAUGCCUGGGUAGCAUUGAAGCUGCCUAAUGGAAAUGUCAAAAUCCUACAAAUAACGCCCAAUACAACCGUGAGCUUGGGCAAAUACGGCUCGUUCCCCAGCAACCUGCUCCUCGAGCGCCCGUACCACAUCACCUACGAAGUUCAGGACAAGCGCGAGGGCGAGACCUUUUCGCGGCUGCGCGUGGUGCCCGGCACCGAGCUCAACGCCGACGCCCUCAUCGACACGACGGCCGAAGACGAAGCGGCGAACGCGACGCCCGAUGCGGAGCCCGCCAACCAGGAGAGUGAUGACAUCAACGAGGCCAUGAUUGCGGCGGCUGUGGGCGAGGAGCUCGCGCUCGUCGACGAGGAGGUCGCGGAAGGUGGCGUCGUCACGCGUAAAACGUUUGACGAGCAGGCACGGCAAACGCUGACGACGGAGGAGAUCGAGGAGCUGAAGCGCAAGGGCGCUGGCGCUGGCAAGGAGAUUGUUGCGAAGCUAUUGCUGCGCCACACCGCCAUUGAUCAAAAGACGGCGUACUCGCUAGCCAAAUACAAGCUGCUCAAGGAGAAGAAGUACGUGCGUCGCUUUACGGUUCUGCCGCUAGACGUGGCGAUGAUGGCGCAGUGGAUGCUGGAGGACAAGGAUGCCAGCAAGAUUCUGGAAAUGCGACAAGAAUCGCUAGCGCUGGUUGGAUGCUGGGCGGACGUGCACUUCGGUGGCCGGCCUGUGGAGGGCGUGACGACACCACAUGGCGGUCGAUGGCUGGCAGUCGAUGACACGGGUGGUCUGCUAGUUGCUGCGAUGGCUGAGAGAAUGGGUAUACUGUACCGUGACGAGGAUGAACCGAAGCAAGAAGACGACCAGACGGAGGAGGCACCAACAGAAGAGCCUACUGCUGAAGAAGCCAACGGCGCCGAGGACACUGUCUCAACAACACGCCCGUCGCGCAAGAGGCCGCACAAGGACGACCUCUCGCUGCACUAUGCGCUCACAAACUCCAUUACACUCAUCCACGCCAACUCGCAGCCGAACCUAUCCCUGCUGCGCUACUUUGGCUUCGACGCUAGCGACCCGAGCCCGCACGAGCCGUACCACCCGCUCUUCACCAACCUGCUGCCAAUCAGCUGGCUCCAGACCCUGUCGCCCCAGGAUGACCCGACGUACGCCGAGCAGCCGGACGAGGUGCCCCUGGAGGAGCUCAUGGCGUGGAAGACGAACCGCCGGGGCAACUACCACCGCAAGCGCCGCCGCUGGGCGCGCACGCAGCAAAUCGUCGACGGCACCCGCGCGGGCGGCUUCUCCGGCCUCGCCGUCGCCAGCACCAUGGAGCCCAUCUCGAUUCUGCGCAACGCGCUGCCGCUGCUGGCCGGCGGCAGCCCCGUCGCAAUCUACUCGCCGACGAUGGAGCCCCUCGCGCAGCUGGCCGACUGCUUCAGCAUCGGGCGGCGCGGCGCGUGGGUGGCGAGCCCGCCGCCAGAGGCCGAGGGCAAGUCGCUCGCGGAGCUGGUGUACUGGGAGGGCUCGACCGAGUUCCCCAUCAACCCGACGCUGAUGGUGGGCGUGGCGGUGCAGACGAGCCGGGCCAAGAGGUGGCAGGUGUUGCCGGGCAGGACGCAUCCGAUGAUGAUGGGCAAAGGAGGCGCCGAGGGGUACUUGCUUACAGGAUGGAGGGCGAUUCCGGCCGAAGGACGGAUAUCGGCGCGCGGCAAGUUUCAGAAACGAAGGAUGUAG